AUGAAAUCACGAAGCAUCUCGCGCCUGCUAAGCAAUUCCGUUCUCGACAAAGAACGUGGAGAUGACGUUAGUGAGAGACCAACUGAAACAACUCGAGAGAAGCCGCGAACAACGGCAACUUCCACAACAUUCGACCUCAGUUACGAGGUUGAAACACAAGGGGAAUUGCCGGGAGAGACUCUGGCUUCCAAAGAAGUUCUUCUCGCCGUGGUAGACGCCUUUUUCAUUUACUGCCACAACCAGCCAUAUUCUUUCUUCCACGAAGGAAACUUUCGGCGAGGGCUCUCACAGGGCUCUCUACCGGAACAUCUGCUCCUAGCCGUCCUCGCAAGUGCGGUCAGAUUUUCUAGACAUGCCUAUUUCAACGGCAGAUGGUACCAAGCCGCAGUGGGUUACGCGAAUCGUUCGUGGAAAUCGGUGGUCUCCAGCUGCAUUACUGUGAGUCGGACCGCGGAUGUGUCAAUCGUACAAACGAUCGCUCUACUGGCACUUUUCGAUUUCACCGCUGGUCAAUCUCGCCACGGAUCUGCUUGGGUGAAGAUCGGGAUGGCCGUCAGAAUUGCUCAAGACCUUGGCCUGAUGCUGGAUGCUGCUCCCUAUCUCCCAUAUCCCGAGCAAGAGGAGCGCCGGAGAGUCUUUUGGUCAGUCUAUCUUCUUGAUCGUCUCGUAUCAUGUGGUAGGGGCCGGCCUCCUGCAAUUGUGGACGCAUCUUGCCACCUACAGCUGCCCUGUGACGACACGAUCUGGAAGAAUGGAUUAUGGCAGAAGACACCCUCGCUCGACGAUUUAUCCAAUCGUGCCUUGCUGCAUGUUGAACGACAAGGCCAUUUCGCACAUGUCAUCGUCAUGUCCUACGCCCUUGGACGAGGAGCACAAUAUAUGUUGCAAGAAUACAAUAUCCGGAGCAGAUAUCCGCCCUGGGAUUCAAGUUCCGAUUUCGCAGCGCUCGAACUCGAACUCAUGCAUCUUGAGACCCACCUAGAAACUAAUAAAUCUAUUCAAGAAAUGAUUACACCACACAUUAGCGCCGAGGGGGCUGUCGACCACCAAAGCGUGGGGCCGAUUAUAUUUUCUCGAGCAUUGUUUCACUUAUGCUAUUGUAUGCUCAAUCAUCCAUUUUUGUUGAGAGAACGGCUCGAAACAAGUCAAUUGUCAGCGCCUGCAAGUUUCCUAGCACGUGCUUUUGAAACGGCCUGGCAGCAUGCCCAGCGUAUGAUCGAACUUAUUCGAAAUUCCCGCCGUUUGGGGUGCGUGUUUCAGUCCUCUUUCAGUGGGUAUUGUAUGAUCGUUGCUGGGUCAAUUGCAGCCUUGAAUGUUCACCACAAUGUGGCUAGUACACGUGCAACAGCAGAGGCCCUGCUCUAUGAGGCAAUUGCUUAUCUGGAAGAUGUGGGGCAAUACUGGGCUAAUGUUGCCACUAUGGCGCAAUUACUUCGACAUCUUGCCGAGAAUGCCCUCCUCUUCAGGCAGCUUUCAUGUGAUCAGCCUCAGAUUCAACCCCUGUCACAAGCUACGUCAGAGACAAUGUGGUCACUUGUCGAUUACAGUACCAUGUCCAACGAUGCGUCUACUGGUUUGAUGGAGAAUCAGUCUCAUGAGACGAAUCUCUGGUUCGAUUCUUGGUUUGGCAUGUUUGGCAACAUGGACAUCGAGAAUGAUUUCGGCAUCAUUGGGAAUGAUAGCAAUACUGCUAAUACAAUGAGUGCAUGA